AUGGAUUGCUAAAAUGUCGUGUUCUGUUUUGGUUUCAUCUCGAAAUAAAGGAAAUCAAUUUUCAUAAUAAAUCCAUGAUUUUUAGAAUUAUACAAUAAGUGCAUUACAUAUGAAAAUUGGAAUCGUUUUCCUGCCAAUACGGAGACAUGAAUACUACAGCACCAACAUCAGCAGAUGCCUGCCUUAGCAUAGUUCACUCCUUGAUGUGCCACAGGCAAGGGGGUGAGAGUGAAGGCUUCUCAAAGAGAGCUAUUGAGUCCCUGGUCAAGAAGCUGAAGGAAAAACGAGAUGAGCUGGACUCUUUGAUCACAGCGAUCACAACAAAUGGUGCACAUCCAAGCAAAUGUGUCACAAUACAGCGUACACUAGAUGGUCGCUUACAGGUAGCAGGCAGAAAAGGUUUCCCACACGUAAUCUACGCCCGUAUAUGGCGCUGGCCAGACCUGCACAAGAAUGAAUUGAAACAUGUCAAGUUUUGCCAGUUCGCCUUUGAUCUCAAAUGUGACUCGGUCUGCGUUAACCCUUACCAUUACGAGAGAGUUGUGUCUCCAGAUCUUUCCGGGCUAACACUCCAAUCAGGACCUAGUAGAUUAGUCAAAGACGAGUACACAGCAGGCAUUGGUGGAAACGGCAUGGAUAUGGACACGGGGGAACUUGUGACCAUACAACACCAUGCAACUAGUCCCAGACAUCACCACGGCAACAUGCAACAUCACCACCAACAGUUCCAAACAACUAAUAUCAUUAUAAACCAAGGGCAAACGCCAGAUGGCGUUGCGAAUAUGUUUUCCGCUACGCACGGACCACGACCGUCGAUACGGCCGGGAGCGCCUUUGGUGCCUCAGCAAAUGGUGCAUUCGCCUGGAGCUCAAAUGUUAAACCAUCAAACCAACCAGAUGGGGCCGGGAACACCUCAAAUGGGGCCGGGUACACCACAGAUGGGGCCAGGGACACCACAAAUGGGACCGGGGACACCACAAAUGGGGCCGGGUACACCGCAAAUGGGGCCGGGUACACCACAAAUGGGGCCGGGUACACCACAGAUGGGGCCGGGAACACCUCAAAUGGGGACAAACGUACCACAGAUGGCGUCUCCGAGAAUGGCCUCUGCACCCACACAGAUGUCCCCGGGAACACCUCAGAUGCCGAUAAGUCAAGGCAUGUCGAUACCUAGUCCGCAACAAAUGGUCAUGGCGCAACAGAGGACUAUAGCGCCGAAGCUAGAACCGCCCGAUACAAUGGACGCGCGCGCGAUGUGGCUGCCGAAAAGAAUGAACCAUUCUGCCAUGCCAGUCAGUAUGUCCCCUGGUGCUACCACUCCGCUACUGGAUUCAUCCAACAAUACUUUCUUCACGACUGAGCAGACCACCACUGACACGCAAAUGACUCAAACUUUACCAGCGGGCUCAGUGGCCGUGUCAGCGGCAUCGGCGGCGCCAGUCACCGCGGUAUCGGCUAUGCCCACUGAGCCUCAGCAGAACGGCUUCCCCGCAGGCAGCCCCGCGCCACAGCAGAGUCCAGUGCCACACCGCACUCAGCAUCAGCAGGGUACAUGGACAGGCAACAACACUCUAACAUACACACAAAGUCUAGCGCCCCCGCCCGCCGCCCCGCCCGUCCCCGUCGAUGCGCCGGCGCAUCAUCAUCACUACUAUAACGGUAACCCCGGCGGUUUACUGUCGAGUCAGCCUGCGCCGGAGUACUGGUGCUCCGUGGCGUACUUCGAGCUGGACACGCAAGUGGGCGAGACCUUUAAAGUCCCCUCCAGCAGGCCCAAUGUUACUGUUGAUGGCUACGUAGAUCCUUCUGGUGGAAACAGAUUUUGUUUAGGUGCCCUAAGUAAUGUCCACAGGACAGAACAGAGUGAACGAGCUAGACUUCAUAUUGGCAAAGGCGUUCAAUUAGACCUACGUGGGGAAGGGGACGUAUGGCUCCGAUGUCUUUCUGAUCAUUCAGUAUUUGUCCAGUCUUAUUACCUUGACCGAGAAGCGGGCAGAGCGCCAGGGGACGCUGUCCACAAGAUAUACCCUUCUGCAUGCAUUAAGGUAUUCGAUCUGCGCCAGUGUCACCGGCAGAUGCAGACGCAAGCGCGCACGGCGCAGGCCGCCGCCGCCGCGCAAGCCGCCGCAGUCGCCGGACACAUACAGCCCGCACACCCUGGCAUGAACAAAUGCCUAUCAGCAGCCGCCGGCAUCGGCGUGGACGACUUGCGGCGGCUUUGUAUCGUGCGACUGUCGUUUGUGAAAGGCUGGGGCCCGGACUACCCUCGCACCUCCAUCAAGGAGACGCCCUGCUGGGUCGAAGUACAUUUGCACAGAGCGCUGCAACUCUUGGACGAGGUGUUGCACACGAUGCCGAUCGACGGUCCGCGGACGAGCAUCGAGUAGGAGUUGAUCGGCUUCUUUUGAGGCCUUCGUGCUAGCACCGCCCGCCUGGCGACUGCUCUCGUUGAACACUACUCAAAACACUUUACAUCCCUUUCCUUCUUCCUAAUUUGACUAUCUUUUGUCCUUGUUUUACCGCUCAAUACAAACACGAUACACUUUCCAUCCCUUUUUUUUCUCCUCCCAAUUUGACAAUCUUUCGUCCUUGUUUUUCGCUCAAUGGAAUUAAAGUACACUGUGCAUCCCUCUCUUUCCUCCAAUUCGACAUCUUUUCUGUUUGUCCUUGUUUUUUUCGUUAAAAAAUGGUAAAGUAACUCAUGUUGAAAAAGAUGACAAAUAUUAUGUCCUCGACAGGCUUGUUGCUUUCUUUUGAUGUUUAUUACUUUUCUGGAAAGGUUAAAAAUACGUCACUUAUAGAUUUUCCAAGAAGAUUUACAUUUGAUCAAUCCAUUUUUGACAUGUUUGUAGCAUAAUAAUAUAAUCCAAUUAAAAAAUAUACUGUACACGUUUUAUCAUGUCGUGAGUUAUGUAAAAAAGAAUAUUUUGGCUAUUAUUUUAAGUUAUCUCGUAGAGAUUAUUACUCUCUCCCAUAUUUUCUAUCCUUUUCCUUUCUACAAAGCCCAUGGAAGAAUAAAAGGACUUCAAUGUAGUGAAUCGAGUGUAAAACGAACUUUUAGUGCUAUAAUCUUACAAUAUGAUGAAGCGCCAUGGUUCAUUUAUAAUAUCAUAAAAUUCAGUCAUAGAUUCACAAUAGAUUUAUGUCGAAUUUUCACGUUUUAAGUGAGGAAGAGAAAAAGAUAAUUAUAAAAAGAUAAUAAUAUAUCUCCAUCACCACUAAUACAUAAUCCGCCAAGCACAAAACUUUCAUCUAUUUCGGAUUUUUUGAAGAUCAAUAAUAAUCCUAGUUUUACAGUUGAAGCUAUUGUCAAUGCCCUUUUGUAACUUAAGUACAAGAGACCACGCUAGUUUUCUAGGAAAGGGGUCAUAUAGCGUUUUUAAGAAACUUUUUUUAAGUAAUUAGUCAUGGUAAACCCGACUUUUCCCUUUUCUUCUUCAACUUAAGAGUAAAAGCUUGUACUAAGUUACGCAAGAGACAUUUUGUCUUGUUUUAACUCUCAAAUUACGUAAGAGAAAAAAUCCGUUUCGUUUUAACUCGAAGUCUGAACAGAAUCAAUAAGCUUAGAUUUUAGACUUAAAGUUUGUAGUGGGUCUGUUAAAGCUUAAGUAAUUCAGUCAUGGUAAACCUGACUUUUCCCUUUUCUUCUUCAACUUAAGAGUAAAAGUUUGUACUAAGUUACGCAAGAGACAUAAAUUCUCGUGUUAACUCGCAAGUUACGUCAGAGAAAAAAUCCGUUUCGUUUUAACUUGAAGUCUGAACAGAAUCAAUAAGCUUAGAUUUUAGACUUAAAGUUUGUAGUGGGUCUGUUAAAGCUUAAGAAAUUCUUAACCCAGUCUAGGUUAAGAAUUUUUUAAGUUUUUGUUAAAAUUAAAAAAAAAAUGUAUACCGUGGCGUUUUAUCAAUCAGUGUUUUUAUUAUCCCUUGAGUGGUGACGCGAUCGCUGGAACCAGGUGAAAUGUGCAAGUUUGUUUAGUGAUGUGAUAUGGAUUGUGAAAUGUUGUACAGUACUACGAUGGACUAUUCAAUGAUUUAGUAACGCCUUAUUCGCAUUAUUUGUGCUAAUUCAAUACACAAUUCUCUUAAGGUGCACGAGACGGGUCUGCCCGCGAAAUUCAAAUUUAAUUCGGUUAGUGAGUUUGACGUGAGUUACUCACAAAUUAGUCGAUACUC